CUCCGAUGUGUUUUAUUCUACUCAGUAAAUAUAUGUAUCAUACACAAUGUGCACUUGAACUAGAUGAUGUAACGGGUUACUUUUGUCGCCUUCGUUUAAUCGGUCGACAAUCACAUGGAUUGAUCAGUGAUAUCAUUCAAUUGAAAAAUGAGAGUACAGUUGAUGAAAAUUGGACAUCUUGGAAUAAUCUUUCUACAAAUAUACGUGAAGCUGUCCGUGUCCCACCGGGGCUUGUUAUUAGUCUACAGGAUUGUGAAAAUUUCGGUUCUAAUAGGUCACGUAUGAAAAUUCGUAAUCGAAAUUGGUCUAUCAUGCCAAUCAAAUUAAGUGACAGUGAUCCUCAAAAUCAGGACCAAUUAGGUGUGAUUGAAUCGUUAAAUAACAAAUCUGGUUUCGUACUGCCUUCUGGUAAACAACCAUCUUGAUUAGAUAUUAAUAAAUUCUAUCCAAAUCACACUAAUUCGCCUGAUCAAUUACUCUCAAUAAAAAUUAAUCUGGAAACUAAAGAAAACAGUAUAGAUGUUGUUUUGAUCCAGAAUAGUACACCGUCAUUUUACCCAGUUACUUUGUUUCGGCUUCAACCGGGCAAGGGCGCGUAUCUAACCCAUCUAGACAGCUAUUCUUCAGUUCAAACCUUAGUUUGGAUCUUACAGUGAGACCAUAAUUUGUGGACAACCUUUGAGUGACGCUAACAUGACCUUGAGAGUGCCUGCCUAACAACUAGGAUCAAAUGACGGUUAUAAACCAAUGUAAGGAAUUAGAAUUAUGAUUAACAGUUGAUGAUUAGGGCUAGCAAUUACAUUUAAAGUUUUCAUCACAAACUAAUAUCAACUAUAAUACCAAAACUAUAUUUAACCAAAUAGAUGAGUGAACUUCACGCCAAAAUCCAAGACUUAUUAUCUUAUACCUGAUUGGUUCGUCCAUAAAUUAU